AUGAAUGAGGUAUAUAUAUAGUGUAAACAUUAAAUAGAAUCUAAAUCUACAAAAACUGUUGAAUAACCAUCUUAACCCAACCAUUGACAACCUCUAGAUUAUUUAUUCCAAAUUACAGCAGUUAUAAUAUUUUAACUCCUUCAUUGAGAAGAAUCUUAAAGGAACAUAAAGGGAGAGUCUAUUAUAUGUACAUUAAAUCCCUAUAUUAGUUAUGCGGCAAAUUCAGAAUGGAACAUUUCAAAGGAGGAGAACAAAUAUUCAAAGAGGGAGACAAGUCAAACGACAAAUUAUACAUAAUAUUCAAUGGGAAAGUUGCAUUGAUGAAGUCAAGACCCUAGUAAAUGCAAUAAACGAUUGAAAAGACUCCUGAAAUUCAAAAAACACCUUCGAAUCCACAAAAUUAGUUAGCCAAACCUGCUCCAUUAAUACCUCAGUAUUCAUAUAAUUGUGAUUGAUAUAGGAAGACUAUAAAUGGUAAUGCUACUGGCACAAACUUUUUCAAAUAAUUGGCAUAUUCUAAGAGGUUUGCUGAUAAAAUGAAAGGUAAUAUAAUACAAGGUUAGACAAAUGAGAGAGUUUAAAUAAGUCAAUAAGAAAUUUAAGUUUUAAGUGAGAAAUAUGGGGAGACUAUCAGAAUAUUGAAGAGAGGUGAAGGGUUUGGUGAUAGAGCUUUAUUGGAGAAUGUUCCAAGGGCAUUAACAGCUUGUGCUUAUACUUAAGAUUUAUUUUUGUUGAUCUUGAAAAAAGACGAUUUCGAUUUAAUACGACAACAAUUCAUCUAGUAAAUGAAGGAAAAGAAAAGUCUAAUAUUCACUAAAUUCCCAGUCUAAGGAGAUUAUUCAUCAAAAUAAUUAGAACAUUUAGCAUACAGUUUUGAUGUUGAAUAAUUUUAAAAAAACUGUGUUUUAACAGUAGACGGACUUCCAAAAAAGUCCUUCUAUUUAAUUCAAUAUGGAGAUAUUCUAAUCGAAAAAAUGAUAAAUGAUUAAAUGACAAAGAUUUGUAUUCUAAGUAAUAGUCAUUCUUAUUAAAUUAGCUAAGGGGUAAUUACUUGGGGAAGAAAUAGUUAUGAAUGAAGAUGGUUGUUGUGAAUAUAACUCCAUUGUUCUAUCUAAUGAGGCUACUGUAAUGGUUAUCCACAAACAUGAAUUCUUAUAAAAGUUUCCUGAAGAAUGCAAAUUGUGGGUUAAAGAAGAAUACUAUAAAAAAAGUAAAUUUAGAAAAAUGUUUUAAUCCAAAAACAUGGAAAGUGUAACUGGAAUUGGAAAACCAAAAUUCACUACAGUAAAACAAUUCAUAGAUAUUAAAAAUAAUUCAAUCAAGAUUAAGAGUAAAGAGGUUUAAGAGAGAAUUGAUAUAGGAACUCUGAUUGAAGAAAAAAAUUCUAUCUACCUUUAGAAAUAUCAAAGCGAUCCAGAAAAGGAUGCAAUUGCAACAUUAUUCGGAUAAGAUUUAUAUUAAUCUCCAAAAUUGGGUUUCAUCCCAAGAUAUGAUAAAAUUAAUAACAUACCACUUAAAGCAUUUAAGGAAUAGUAUCUGAAAAAAUUAUGUUCCAAAAAAAGAAGGCUCUAAUUUCUAAAACCUCCUCCUUUAACAGCAAGAACCUUAUUAACAUUAUAAACCAAUCAAUCUUAGUACUUAACCAAAAUUCAGCAUACACAUACACAUACCCACACUUAAUCUACUGCUAUUAAUUCAUUCACUCCAUGUCUCUCUUAAUCACCUAAUUAUACUCAUAGUAAAGAAAUUAAUUGA